AUGGCAGAGGUGGAGGAAACACUCAAGAGACUUCAGAGCCAGAAAGGAGUGCAGGGAAUCAUCGUGGUAAACACUGAAGGCAUUCCCAUCAGGAGCACCAUGGACAAUCCCACUGCUACACAAUAUGCCAACCUCAUGCACAACUUCAUCUUGAAGGCACGGAGCACUGUGUGUGAAAUUGACCCCCAGAAUGACCUAACUUUCCUUCGAAUUUGCUCCAAGAGAAAUGAAAUUAUGGUUGUACCAGAUAAAGACCAUUUCCUGAUUGUGAUUUAG